GAGUGGCCUCCCGGGUUACCAGGAGGCGGAGCCGCUGAGGCAGCUUGUGGCCCGGAUGUCCGGACGCUGCGGCGGGGUCGGCUGAUCCUGGAGCUUCUCCAGGGAAACUUACAAGCGGCCAAUGGAUAUUACUGUACUGGCAUUUGUUUUUAAAAAGCUGUCGAUAUUCAACCAGCAUGCCUUGGACUUUACUGUGGGAAGACCCUGUUAUUUAAAAAUGGCUCAACUGAAAUAUAUGGAGAAUGUGGGGUGUGUCCAAGAGGACAGAGAACAAAUGCACAGAAAUAUUGUCAGCCUUGUACCGAGUCUCCAGAACUUUAUGAUUGGCUCUAUCUUGGAUUUAUGGCUAUGCUUCCUCUUGUCUUACACUGGUUCUUCAUUGAAUGGUACUCGGGGAAAAAGAGUUCCAGUGCACUUUUCCAACACAUCACUGCAUUAUUGGAAUGCAGUAUGGCAGCUAUUAUCACCUUACUUGUGAGUGAUCCAGUCGGUGUUCUUUAUAUCCGUUCCUGUCGAGUAUUGAUGCUUUCUGAUUGGUACACAAUGCUUUACAACCCAAGUCCAGAUUACGUUACCACAGUGCACUGUACUCAUGAAGCUGUCUACCCACUCUACACCAUUGUAUUUAUCUAUUACGCCUUCUGCUUGGUGUUAAUGAUGCUGCUCCGACCUCUUCUGGUAAAGAAGAUCGCCUGUGGCUUAGGGAAGUCCGACCGAUUCAAAAGUAUUUAUGCUGCACUUUACUUCUUCCCAAUAUUAACCGUGCUUCAGGCAGUUGGCGGAGGCCUUUUAUAUUAUGCCUUCCCAUACAUCAUAUUGGUAUUAUCUUUGGUUACUCUGGCUGUGUACAUGUCGGCUUCCGAAAUAGAGAACUGCUAUGAUCUCCUGGUUAGGAAGAAAAGACUCAUUGUUCUCUUCAGCCACUGGUUACUUCAUGCCUAUGGAAUAAUUUCCAUUUCCAGAGUGGAUAAACUCGAGCAAGAUUUACCCCUUUUGGCUUUGGUGCCCACACCAGCCCUGUUUUACUUGUUCACUGCAAAAUUUACUGAACCUUCACGGAUACUCUCAGAAGGAGCCAAUGGACACUGACUAUCAAAAUGCCAAAAAAAAAAA